UGACAUCACCAGGCGGCCCGCCCCUGUCUGGAGCUGAGGGGAGGCCCGGAGCCUUUCUGGGGCCUGGGGGAUCCUCUUGCACUAGUGGGCGGAGAGAAGUGCCUGCAGCCAACCAGGGUCAGGCUGCGCUCACAGUUUCCUCUGGCGGCAUGUAAAGCCUCCACAAAGAACCUGGAGUUCAACUGAGGCUGCUGAGUCGGCCUGGGGAUGGACCCCAAGCCCAGGACCUGCAAGGAGCAUGCACUGAGGAAGCUGCAGGCCACGCUGUGAGGAAGAGCAGUGAGGAGCAGCCGCAGCGACACCCUAGCCAGUUCCAUCCCCAAGAGCACGGGCUGCUGCCAGCAGAGGCCAGUAAGGCAGGGCUGCCAGACAGCCUGGGACUCGAGACCCUCCUGGAGGCCAUGGUCAGGCUGCCCCGCUGAUGGCAUCGGGAAGCAUGUGAGAGGCUGCUCCAGAGUCAAACAGGAGAGAAGAGGCUUUCAGAGACCUCAUUUGUAAAGACCAACCACCACACUGCAAGGACCAUGAGGCCACUGUGUGUGACCUGCUGGUGGCUGGGGCUACUGGCCACCGUCGGAGCUGCUACAGGUCCAGAGGAUGAUGUUGAGGGCACAGAGGAUGGCUCACAGAGAGAGUACAUUUACCUCAACAGGUACAAGCGGGCAGGCGAGUCUCCGGACAAGUGCACCUACACUUUCAUUGUGCCCCAGCAGCGGGUCACAGGUGCCAUCUGUGUCAACUCCAAGGAGCCCGAGGUGCACCUGGAGAAUCGUGUGCAUAAGCAGGAGCUAGAGUUGCUCAACAACGAGCUGCUUAAGCAAAAGCGUCAGAUCGAGACACUGCAGCAGCUGGUGGAGGUAGAUGGCGGCAUCGUGAGCGAGGUGAAGCUGCUGCGCAAGGAGAGCCGCAACAUGAACUCUCGAGUCACUCAGCUGUACAUGCAGCUCUUACAUGAGAUCAUUCGCAAGCGGGACAACGCGCUAGAGCUCUCCCAGCUGGAGAACAGGAUUCUGAACCAGACAGCUGACAUGCUACAGCUGGCUAGCAAGUACAAGGACCUGGAGCACAAGUUCCAGCACCUGGUCAUGCUGGCCCACAACCAAUCAGAGGUCAUUGCACAGCUAGAGGAGCACUGCCAGAGGGUACCUGCUGCCAGGCCCGUGCCCCAGCCUCCCCCAGCCACCCCACCUCGAGUCUACCAACCACCCACCUACAACCGCAUCAUCAACCAGAUCUCCACCAACGAGAUCCAGAGUGACCAGAACCUGAAGGUGCUGCCUCCCCCUCUGCCCACCAUGCCUGCUCUUACCAGCCUCCCAUCGUCUACUGAUAAACCAUCAGGCCCAUGGAGAGAUUGCCUGCAGGCCCUGGAGGAUGGCCACGACACCAGCUCCAUCUACCUGGUGAAGCCUGAGAACACCAACCGCCUCAUGCAGGUGUGGUGCGACCAGAGACACGACCCUGGGGGUUGGACCGUCAUCCAGAGACGCCUGGAUGGCUCGGUUAACUUCUUCAGGAACUGGGAGACCUAUAAGCAAGGAUUUGGGAACAUCGAUGGCGAAUAUUGGCUGGGCCUGGAGAACAUCUACUGGCUGACAAAUCAAGGCAACUACAAACUACUUGUAACCAUGGAGGACUGGUCUGGCCGCAAGGUCUUUGCAGAAUAUGCUAGCUUCCGCCUGGAACCAGAGAGCGACUACUAUAAGCUGCGGCUGGGGCGCUAUCACGGGAACGCAGGAGACUCCUUUACCUGGCACAAUGGCAAACAGUUCACCACUCUGGACAGGGACCAUGAUGUCUACACAGGAAACUGUGCCCACUAUCAGAAGGGAGGAUGGUGGUAUAAUGCCUGUGCUCACUCCAACCUCAAUGGGGUCUGGUACCGCGGCGGCCAUUACCGGAGCCGAUACCAGGAUGGGGUCUACUGGGCCGAAUUCCGAGGAGGAUCUUACUCACUCAAGAAAGUGGUGAUGAUGAUUCGGCCUAACCCCAACACCUUCCACUAAGCUUGCCCCUUUCCUGGCCACUCAUGGCCAUUGCCAGAAGCCAUCAAAGCCGUCCCAGCUGUGCAGACCUCAAGUACAGCUCCUCAACAACUUCUCUCAGGCUGGGA